CUCACACAAAAAUUUGCCAAACCCCUAGUGAAGCAUAUGUCUGGCAUUUUUCAACAUAUCACUGCCCUGACGAGCUCAGUGACCGAGUCUCCAGAGCGGGAUAAGCGGGCUGUGGACGACUGGGCAAGGUACGCUGGCGGGUAUCGCAUACAUGUCCACCUGACCUUCAGGACCCAGGCUGCCUCCUCAGGGUACGUGCCUUCGUACGGAUAAUCUACGGAAGACUUACCUACCGCCCGCAGACAGUGUUGUGAGAGAAUUGGAAGAGCUAGCUUCCGAUGAGCAGUGGCAUAGCGUGCUGGAAGUGUAUGGCUUCGGUCAGAUGUUGCAGGACGGCAGUCACUCUAAUCUGAUGACCACAUUGCUGUCGAAAUCACAGGCUGCACCAUUGCUAGUGUCUCUACAAUCGCUUCUCUCUAGUUCCCGGCCAAACGAGUCUAUUUCCGAGGAAUUAGCGGACAUUAUCGGUUUCGAGGAUAUCGAACUUGCUAUGGAGAUACUAGAAAGUCGUUCGAGCCUGAAUCGAGAGAUCACACAGUACUUUGCCAAUAACUCUUCCUCGGGUUUUCGGAAGGUGGCGCCCGAUGCUGCCUUCAACAUUGAUCAGAACGGGUUUGACGAGGAAUCCGCGCGCAUGCGGAUGGAAGAGGCACUACGUGCUAACGCCGUUCGCCCUCUGUAUACUGGUAUCGCCCAUGAUGGUCCUGAAGUAUUGCCACAUGUCUACACAUCGUCAUCCAUGGCAUCGGGAAACGUGCUUUCUCACCUAGGAAGUAGAUUUAUGCUUCCCGUUGGGACUACUAGGGUCGACCAUGAGGGUUACGAGGAAGUCACAGUCCCGCCCGCUCGGCCAGUACCCCCGCGCGUGAACGAGCGAUCAAUUCCAGUGCCCGAAUUGGACCAGCUGUGUAAAGGCUCAUUCCCCGGCUAUUCCUCUUUGAACAGGAUUCAGUCGAUCGUAUACCCGACGGCCUACCAUUCAAAUGAGAACAUGCUUGUGUGUGCUCCUACCGGUGCUGGUAAGACCGAUGUGGCUAUGCUGACAGUACUGCGAGUUUUGGAUCAAUAUCGGACCGUGUCACCUACGACACAGUCAUCAGCGUCGGCAAUCGGCCGAGACGACUUCAAGAUUAUAUACGUGGCGCCCAUGAAAGCAUUGGCAUCAGAGAUUGUCCGCAAACUUGGCAGGCGACUGCAGUGGCUAUCGAUUCGCGUUAGAGAGCUUACAGGCGAUAUGCAAAUGACCAAGGCUGAGAUUUCAGAGACGCAAAUUAUCGUUACUACUCCGGAGAAGUGGGAUGUCGUGACGAGAAAGCCCACCGGCGAGGGGGAGCUUGCUUCGAAAGUCAAGCUCCUCAUCAUCGAUGAGGUACACUUACUUAAUGACGAGCGCGGCGCCGUUAUUGAGACAAUCGUCGCACGGACGCUUCGGCAGGUCGAAUCAAGCCAAUCAGUCAUUCGAAUCGUCGGGCUCAGUGCCACAUUGCCCAAUUACGUCGAUGUAGCUGACUUUCUCCACGUGAAUCGGCACAUAGGACUGUUCUACUUCGAUUCUGCGUUCAGACCUGUGCCUCUAGAGCAGCAUUUUAUCGGUGUUAGAGGAAAGCCGGGCAGCCCACAAUCUCGCAAGAACCUGGAUCGCACUACGUCUGAGAAAGUCUCAGAGCUCGUGCAUCAAGGCCAUCAGGUCAUGGUUUUCGUUCAUGCACGAAAGGAAACUGUGAAGACCGCCCUCGCCCUAAAGGAAGCUGCCAUGGUAGAAGGGUCUUUGGACGAAUUCAGCUGCGAGGAUCAUCCGUCUUACUCAAUGUUCAAGCGAGAUAUUGGACAAUCGAGAAACAAGGAAAUGAAGCAGCUGUUCGACAAUGGUUUUGGUAUACACCAUGCCGGGAUGCUCAGAACGGACCGUAACAUGAUGGAACGCAUGUUUGAAGCGCGAGCUAUCAAGGUUCUUUGCUGCACGGCGACUCUGGCAUGGGGUGUCAAUUUGCCCGCACACGCCGUCAUUAUCAAGGGGACUCAGGUAUACGAUAGUGCCAAAGGUGCUUUCACCGACCUCUCUGUCUUGGAUGUCCUCCAGAUCUUCGGUCGCGCUGGACGCCCCGGAAUGGAAAGUAGCGGUGUCGGAUACAUCUGCACGACGCACGACAAGGUGGAUAAUUAUUUGGAUGCGGUGACCGCCCAGAACCCUAUCGAGUCAAAGUUCACUACCGGCAUGAUCGACGCCCUGAACGCUGAGGUAGCUUUAGGUACGGUCGCCAAUGUUCACGACGCUAUCCGGUGGGUCGGAUACACCUAUUUGUUCGUGCGAAUGCGAAAGAAUCCUUUGCAAUACGGGAUCUCUUGGGACGAAGUACAAGAGGACCCAUAUCUCCAUAGCAAACGUACUUCCCUCGUGAACCAAGCUGCAAACAAGUUGGCGGAAGCGCGCAUGAUCGCCUUUGAUCGACCUCUGGGGAACUUCGUUAUUACCGAUUUGGGCAGAAUAGCUGCGAAGUACUACAUCCGUCACAACUCGAUUGAGAUAUACAAUAAGGAGUUCCGACCGAAGAUGACCGAGGCCGAUAUUCUGGCAAUGCUCUGCAUGAGCACCGAGUUUCAUCAAAUACAAGUCCGCGAGAAUGAGUUGAAGGAACUCGAACAAUUAAUGGAGGUCGUACCCUGCAAAGUAAAGGGAGGAACUGAUACAAGCCAAGGCAAAGUUAAUAUCCUUCUGCAAGCCUACAUCAGCGGAUAUCGACCAGACGACUUCGCGCUCGUCUCCGAUCAGGCCUACGCGGCUCAAAAUGGUGGCCGCAUUGUCCGUGCCCUGCUCGAAAUUGCCAUCAGUCGAAAGUGGGCGAACGCUACUUCUGUCUUGAUGGGCAUGAGCAAAGCUAUUGAGAAGCGUCUAUGGCCUUUUGACCAGCCACUGAAGCAAUUCCCACUGAAACAGGACGUCUUCUACGGAUUGGAGCGUUUCGCGGAUGAGUACACCGUCGCUGAGCUGGCUGACAUGACGGCCGCAGAGCUUGGAAAGCUGGUUCGCUUGAACGAGAAGCAUGGGAUGGCUAUACGAGAUGCGGUACUACGUUUUCCCGCUGCUGGAAUUACGUACAACCUUCGUCCUCUCGGUCCAGAUGUCUUGAAGAUCAGCACCCAUGUCACCCGCGAGUUCAAGUGGGACUCGAAAGUUCACCAAACUGCGGAACCCUUCUGGCUAUGGGUCGAAGAUCAUGAAGGGCUCACUAUCUUUCAACUAUCUCAUCUCGUCUUUUGGCAGACGACGGAAGCUCUUGACGUCGAUUUUGUCAUUUCCAUCCCUAGCACUAAGCCGCCGCCUUCUGUCACCAUACGAUACGUCUCGGAUAGAUGGAUAGGGGCUGAGGGAGAACUUGAAAUUCUUCUCGACGAUCUCGUAAUGCCCUCCAUGACGGAGUGUCAUGCCCCUCGUCUAGAUAUGCCUUUCCUUUCUCUCGAUGUACUCCACGAUCAAGUCCUCCAUGACGCUCUAUCCGCUCGGAUCCAUAGUCUCAACGGAAUUCAGUCGCAAAUAUUCUGGAGUGUAGUCAACACAAGAUUGCAGUCACUAAUCUGCGCCCCCGCUGGUUCCGGUAAAUCAAUGAUUGGCCAGCUUGUCUUGUGGUGUACUCUCCGAGAUGCUCCCCAAGGCUCAUGGGCUCUGCUUAUAGCUCCACAACGUACUUUACUCAAUGAAUUCCUAGCAGAUCUCCGCCCAGUUUGCAGACUUCUGGAUAUAGCGACCGAGGUCAUCUCUACCGACUUCUCCUUCGCGCGACCCCCGAGGAAAAGCAUCCGUAUUGUUACAGCAAAUGCCUUGCGUGCUCUGAUGUCCAAAAUCCCGCCGAAUAGCCGUAACAACUUCUUCGAUGCUCUGCGUCUCGUCGUUUGCGAAAACAUGGAACUGCUGGACUCUUCGUACGAACUAGCGGUUUCGACCUUGCUACACCUCACGCAACAGCUCCCAACGCGAUUUGUCGGCAUCUCGAGCUCGUUGAACGAUCCAGGGGAUCUUGCAACAUGGUUAAACGCCGACCCGCAGGCUCUCCACAGCUUCCGGCCAGUGGAUCGUGACCAGUCGCUCACUAUUUUGACCCAUACGUUUACCAUCCCCCAUGCCGCCGCGUUACUCAAAGCCAUGGCAAAGCCUGCACAUACGGCUAUACAAGGAACACCCAGGGAGCCAGCGAUUGUUUUCGUGCCUUCUCGGGGACAGUGUCGUCCUGUUGCAUUGGAUCUGAUCACUCAAUGCGCUCUGGAGAUGGAGACCACCAAGGGCUAUCUCAGCGACGACGUCUCAUCGGAUGCACUAGAGUCUUACCUAACGCGUCUACGAGACCGAAGCCUGGUCGACUUCGUCACGCGCGGCAUUGGCUUCUUCCACGAAGGUAUCCUUCGACAAGACCAGAUCCUGAUCCUCGAGCUUUACGCGGAGGGUAUCAUCCGUAUCCUUGUCGUGCCACAUGACUCGUGCUGGUCCCUUCCUGUCCGCGCCGCUACCGUAGUGGUCAUGGGCACGCAGUAUGUACACGUUGCACCCGGCACCUCAGAACGCCACACCCGAGAUUACAGGCUAGAAGAGCUUGUCCGAAUGCAAGGACGUGCGGUACGACAUAACGGGGCAGGUCAUUUCCACCUGUUCUGUCAGGCGGAAGCCAAGGACACUAUCCUACGCUUCUUGAGCGACGGCUUGCCGCUUGAGUCUACGCUGCUGGAAGGCGAUGACCUGCGUUCGUGGUACACGGACCAGCGCGAGCGUGGGGCGAUAAGGAACAGACAGGAUGGCGUCGACGCUCUGUCGUUUACCUUCCUCUCGCAUCGCUUGCAGACGAACCCCGUGUUUUACGAUGCUCCGUCGGAGGGCGACAAGAGCUACAGGCUGUCACGGAUUGUAGAUGACUUGGAAAAUAGCUUGUAGCUCGUCUAUUGAUGUAGAUACAAAGCCCAUGCGCAGGGCGCAGGAAAAUCAUGCAGAUAGGUCUGUCAGCAGCACAUUAGGCGUGCAGAUACUUCGCCAGUGACUGCAGCCGCUCAGCGGCCUGCUUCAGGGUGUCGAGGUCCUUGCAGAAAGCGAAACGCGCGUAGCUCUCGCCAAUGGAGACGUGCUCCGCGCAAUAGAACUGGAACCUGGAUUAGCGAGCUACACAGGACGAAAUCUCAUAUGUCUUACCUCGCUGACGGGGAUUGAAGAAACCCCGAUCUUCGUGGCCAUGAACCAGCAAGCCCUGUAAGGAACAAUAAGGUCACGUUGGCAGAUUUGUGAGUGCUCUUACUUGAAGUCCCUGCCGCGGCCCUCAAUACUGGAAGGGAAGGGAUAGUCCUCGGGCCAUGUCAGCUUCGAAAUAUCCUUCGCGUCAUGAACAGGUCAGGCGCUCUUCA